AUCACAGCAAGUCCUGUAGUCCUGCGAAUGAACUUGAAUAACACCGGAACAACAAGACUCGAAUGGGGAUUUUCUCAGAACACGGUCACCUGAUCUUGGGCGGCUGAACGCGGUUCGCGGUUCCAAUUCGCAACGAAACCGACCAAAGGCCAACCGCCCAUCUCUCUGCAACGCCAUUCAAGUCUCCUCCAGUUCCUCUUCUUCCUUCGCUCUCUUCUUUGCUUGUGUGUUGCUAUGGCCUCUGCGCUGCUGCAGUAUGAACCUCUCGAUGUAAUUGGUAAUGGUUCUUUUGGUAUCAUCAGGAAAGUCAGGAGAAAAUCGGAUGGUUUGGUGCGUCCGACAUGUGACAUUCUCCCUACAUCAAAGCUCACGCACAAAUUACAGAUAUUUGCCAGAAAAGAACUCAACUUUGAGCGUAUGUCAGAACGCGACCGCAAACAGAUCGUCGCUGAAGUAAACAUCCUCAAAGACCUUCAUCACGAACAUAUUGUACGUUAUCACGACCGAUACGUUGACCGCGAUGCUGGCAUCCUGUACAUUGUCAUGGAGUACUGUGGCGGCGGUGACCUCUCGACUGUCAUCAAACAGGCGCAACGACACGGCCGAGCAAUACCCGAAGACACUAUAUGGAACUACUUCAUGCAGAUACUACUUGCGCUAAAUCAUUGUCAUAAUCCAAAUGGCCAUGGAAGGUCAAGUAGCAGCGCUGGGAGUGGUAGUGGAGAAGAGAACAAGGAGAAGCGACCACAGAUCCUCCAUCGAGAUCUGAAGCCGGAUAAUGUAUUCUUGGAUGAGAGCAAUUGUGUCAAGUUGGGCGACUUCGGUUUAUCAAAGGCUCUCGUUCCGGCCACCUUUGCUAACACCUAUGUUGGCACUCCAUAUUACAUGUCGCCGGAGCUCAUGCAGGAGAAGGCUUAUGACUCAAAGUCCGAUAUCUGGUCACUCGGUUGCGUUAUUUAUGAACUAUGUGCACUUAAACCACCUUUCCAUGAAGCCAAAACGCAUUCUGAACUGAGUAUUCUAAUUCGCAAUGGACGAAUACCACCGCUGCCGAAAGGAUAUAGCCCCGCCUUGACGAGUGUUAUCAAGGCUAUGCUGAACCUCAACCCCGCUAUGCGACCGUCAGCAGCCCAGCUCUUGCAACAUGAACGACUGGACCUCGCUUUUAAGGUUGCGGAGACCCAGAAGAUGUUGACGGCAGUCAAGGCCCACAAAGCUAACGUACAAGCUCGAGAACGUGACCUGGUCGCCCGCGAGUCCGCUAUGGCGGAGAAGGAGUCUCACCUUACUUCAGCUCUGAACCAAAAGGACAACGAGAUAGCGUCCCUGCGUAGUCUCCUUGCGACUGCCGAAGCCACUCACAAAACUAAAGUACGCGAAGCGCUCCUGGCACGAGAAGAAGAACUUCGGGCUAUCGUACUUCGGAAGGAAGCUGAGCUCGCGACGAGGCUGGCUAAACGAGAAGAGGAAGUCGUUGCCGCUGUGAACCGACGUGAGGAGGAAUUGAAACAAAGUUGGGCAGAGUGGGAAGCCAAGUAUAAAGCGGAGAUGACCAAGGCUGUCGACGAACGUAUGGCCUGGGUUCAUAGGUGCACUGAGGAAAUCGAAGCUGAGCGAAGAAGACUAGAUGGCGUGAAGAUGGAAUUGGAGGCUAAGAUGCAUCAGCUCGAGAUGGCACACUCGGAACGCAAGGUAGCAUACGAGAUGAAGGCGAAGACACCUCUGGAAGAAGUCAAGAACAUUCUUGCCCCUCUUGCGAGACUGGCAGAAUCGACGGAAGCGACACCUGUACGACCAGCGAAGUCAUCCAAAGGACCCAUCUUUGAAACGCCCAUGUCCCGCUCUGCGGCUUGCCAUGUGGAACCACCUGUUUCUGCAAUGAAGGGUGUAAUCCUUACUAGCACCGGCGAGGCACUGCCAACCCCUUCACCUGCGGAAUUCGCUAAACUCUUCAUUGCUACACCCAAGGUCAACCUCAACUUUGCGCAAAUCUUUGAUUUCGACUCGGACGUCGAAGAUGGCCAUGGGGACAUCGGUGCGGAAGAGGGAUACGAGACGGACACGAGGCCACCGUCGAAUAAGUCUUCCAACGAGGAAUAUAAGCAUGACGAUGUCGAGAACACGCCCACUCAGGCAUCAGCUUCUCAUGCAGUCCGACCAACGCGCCUCCGUCGACCAUCCAUCCGUACGUCAGGACAACGACCACCGCUGGAGAAAGCUGUUACCGUCUCUGCUGUGACACGUGCCAAGCCAAGAAGUCGACAACCUUCACCAGCGGCCAUUAGACGUAUUCAACCAGGUGUCAAUGGUCAAGGCGUACCAGAGUAUGACCUCUCAGAUGAAGAGAACUUGCCUAGUCCGUUCCUCAGGAAGACCGACCGGGACCGUAUAUCAAGGACGGUUUCUGUACCUGCGUCACACAGUACUUCGGCGAUUGCGAGGGCUCCACGAAAAAGUGGGAACACACUUCGGGCUUUGGCGGUGACAAACGCCGCGAAUGCUGCCAACGGUACUAGGAGCAGUACUGGCACCAAGUCGGCCAUCGUCCGGUCACAAAGUACUGCUAACGUCCGAUUGUCCAUUGCCAAAGCUCAAAGGGCGAGCGAAGAAGCUAGAAAGGCGUUAUUCCGACCCUAGCCAGAUUUUGUUGUUCUUGUUGAGAAGGGUUUUUAGGUGUUCUUUCGUUGCAUUUGAACGAUUUAGUGUUAUUAAUUUGUUGUUGCACCUACUGUAUCCCCUGCAUUGUUUUCUUUAUUGCCGCGACACCUUCCCGUACGCAUACCCCAUCAGAUGUACAUACCAUCCCACUUUACUUUAUGCACAUCCAACGAACUUACGCCAGACCUCACGCUCA